GCUUUUAUCAUUCUGUCAAAUGUCAUAUGUCAUAUUCAAGAGGAAUAUUCUGGAAAAGAUCAGAAAAUUCAGCGAGUCAGUGCUUGUGAAUGCUGUUCAAUAAUUAAUUAGUUCACUUGGAGUUACAAUGGAGCAGGUCACAGUUCUUAAAGACAAGGGAAAUGCAGCCCUUUCAGCUAACAAGAUAGAAGAAGCACUUAAAUAUUAUACUGAAGCUAUUAAUCUAGAUCCUCAAAAUGCUGUAUUAUAUUCAAACAGAUCUGCCGCUUAUGCAAAAGCAAGUCAAUACGACUUGGCCUUAAAAGAUGCAGAAAAGGCUGUAGAAAUCAAACCGGAUUGGUCAAAAGCUUAUUCCAGAAAAGGGGCUGCAUUAUCUUAUUUAGGGCGAUACGACGACGCCAUUGCUACUUAUGAAAAAGGGUUACAAUUAGACCCCAAUAACAUUCAACUACAAGAAGGCUUAACUGAGGUAAAGUUCCAGAAGGCACAAAAGAGUCACUCUUUCCCAAAUCCCUUUUCUGGACCAGAUGUAAUAGCAAAGCUUCGUGCCGAUCCUAGGACAAGAGCUUACCUUGAAGAUCCUGAAUAUUUAGCUUUAUUAGCACAACUUCAAUCCAAUCCACAAUCUUUAGGUAUGAAACUUCAAGAUCCUAGAGUGUUGACCACCCUUAGUGUUCUUAUUGGAGUUGAUGCUAGAGCUGAUGAACCUAUGGAUACUGAAACUGUAUAUACUCCUCCUAAAAAACCUGAACCGAAAACAGAACCUAAGGUGCCCGAACCAGAUUUACCAGAGAAUAAAAAGUUAGCAUUGGCUGAAAAAGAACAAGGCAAUUCAUUCUAUAAAAAAAAGGACUUUGAAAAUGCUAUUAAUCAUUACUCAAAAGCCAUAGAACAUGAUCCAACAGAUAUAACUUUCUACAAUAAUUUAGCUGCUGUUUAUUUUGAGCAAAAGGAGUAUGAGAAAUGUAUUAAAGAAUGUGAAAAAGGUAUAGAAGUUGGUAGAGAAAACAGAGCUGAUUUCAAACUAAUUGCUAAAUCUUUCAUGAGAAUUGGUAAUGCCUAUAAACGAUUGAAACAAUACAAGGAAGCAAAGACUUACUAUGAAAAAUCUAUGUCGGAACAUAGAACACCUGAGAUCAAAACUUUAUUAUCUGAAGUUGAGAAGUUUAUAAAAGACGAGGAAAGAAAAUCAUACAUUAAUCCAGAAUUGGCGGAAAAAGAAAAAGAAAUUGGUAAUGAAUUUUUCAAAAAAGGCGAUUAUGCAACUGCUGUAAAACACUAUACAGAAGCUAUAAAACGUAAUCCAGAUGAUGCCAAAUUAUACAGUAACCGUGCUGCUUGCUAUACCAAAUUAGCAGCUUUUGACCUAGGAUUAAAAGAUUGUGAUAAAUGUGUUGAACUAGAUCCGAAAUUUAUUAAAGGAUGGAUAAGAAAGGGUCACAUUCUGCAAGGUAUGCAACAACAAAGCAAAGCCAUUUCCGCAUUUCAAAAAGCUCUGGAACUAGAUCCCAACAAUACAGAAGCCCUACAGGGUUAUAGAUCAUGUACCAUUGAAAACGCCAAUUUAGAUGGAGAUCCAGAAAAGAUCCGACAACGGGCAAUGGCUGAUCCUGAGGUUCAGUCUAUUCUGAGAGAUCCAGCGAUGAGAUUAAUAUUGGAACAAAUGCAAAACGAUCCUAAAGCAUUACAAGAUCAUCUAAAAAAUCCUGAUAUAGCCGCUAAGAUACAAAAAUUACUCGAAUCUGGACUUAUCGCUAUACGCUAGUUUAAAUAAUAUUAAUGAUUCCAUUAUGGUUAUUAUAUUCACCUUUUUUUAUUUUGUGAAUUAACAAAGUGAAAUUUUCAUAUAUUUGUAUUUUCGGUUUAUUACAUUAAAGCAUCCUUUUACUUGA